AUGUCCUGUCCUUCCACUUCCAGGCCCGUCCCAGCCAACCCAGCGAACCCGGCCAGCAUUGCGCCGGGACUCGGGACGCCCUCUGGACGUUCUACGGGGAAUAACAGUAAUGCUCUAGAAGUCGAGACGAAGAGGGACGGAGAGCGUGACCGUGAGCGUUCACGUUCAGAUUCGGGUUCAGGUUCAGGAAUAGCCACACAUCCGAGUACUCAAUGGGAGUGUCAGCACCCUACCUAUUCAACCUCCCUAUUGACCCACUGGACUGCCGAGCCCGGCAUUCCGAGGAGCAGCUGUCGAUGGCGGCGAACGGCGACUCCAGAGCCCAUCCCAUACGGUAGUUCAUGGUCCUGGCGGAGAUGUACUUCGUAG